CCUCCACGAUCGCCACAGAGCAAGCUACCAGUUCACACUAAGCGAACUUCUAUAUCGUCGUAUGCUUGUUUGUGUUGAACGUGUGCAAGUGUUAUCUUAACCGUUCCAAAAAAUAAACCAAGUUAACAUUCUGGAUUAAAACAAAACAUCAUGCGACAUGAGGUGGUUGACAGUGAGAAAAUGCUUGUCAGUAGAAAAUGCAUGUAAAAGAAUUGUUAGGUCUCUCAGGUGAUGGCAGGCGAUGAAGAGCUCUCGUCGUUAGACGACUGGGGCCCUUUUGAAGACGACUGGGCCCCUGUGCAUUUUCUGGUCCCGCCACCACCUCCGCCUCCAUCUCUAGGUUCUGUGUGUUCUGGAAACGAAUUCUACUGUCAAUUAGAAGGGGGCCCAAUGGGAGCUCACUACAAUAGGGCCUCGUUUCCAUCUUUGCCCAUCAUCGCUGUCUGUUCGUCCGUCGUCCUUGUUGCUGUCCUCGUUGCAUCUUUUCUGUUUUGGCGGCACAAAACAAAAGCGCAGAAUCUUUUGCCUUGUAAAAAUGAACAACCUGGUCACAUGGGAGAGCUUGGAACAGCCAAUGGCGUCAGUUACGAAGAUGUUCUUAUUAAUCACCAUCCCACCAGAAUUCCUCAAAGUCAUCUUGCUGGCAGCCAGACACUAAUGCCAUUAGAAAUACUAGAUGUAAAACUUGGAGAAAUAGGUCCACCUCAAAUAACAGCGUUACACUCUGUUCCUUGCUACAAUCGACGAGAUGGUGGCCAAAUGGUCGAUAGCAAAACUUUCCACCCUGUCUACGAGGAAGUGUCUCAAGCCCCUUCUGGGGACAAAUCAAUGACUGGAAAAAGUUACGAAUCGGACUUCGACGAGAGUGGGAAGUUGGGGGGUAGGAGUCUGACAAGCGAGGAUGAUUUUGCUGAAGAAGACUUUGGUGAUGGAAGUGGACAUUGCUCCGCUACAAGCAGUGUGCGUGGCUCAACGGGAGGUGAUUUAUGUAGAGAUCCAGUCUCUAGUGAUGAAGGUACCGGUGAAGAUUGUGAUUAUAUGGUUCACGAUUUGCCUGAAAUGUUGCCCAGUGACAAUUCGUUUAGCUAUCCCUCUAAACAUAGACAUAUGCAUAGUGGUGUUAAAACAGAUAAACUGAGAAAUCAUCCAGUGCACAGUCAUCGGCACGGUUCAAAUGUGUAUCCCCCAUCAGACAGGACUGCUAGUGUUUUACCUCUUACCCAAAGAGCUGUUGAUCCUGCUAUGGGACAUAAAUUACAUUCCAAUUCAUCAACUGAAAGGUCGCCACAUCAUGGUAUUCCCAGUCCUUUUGUACACUCCGUGCCCCCUAUAAAUCCCAGAAAUAAUUUUCCAUCCAUAACAGCCAGCCCACAGUGGCCAAUAAGCCAUGGUUCACCGAAUCAAAUGGAUUAUCCCACUAAUGCUUCAUCGCAAGAAAAUAUUUAUUCAACCAUUGAUGAAGAUGAAGUGGACUAUCCUAUUCAUCCUUCUUUACCUAGUCUAGCUAAUACACAGCGUGGGACUCCGCUAAGCAAAUACAGUUCUGGUUUACCCAAAAAUGUCCCACCUCGUGUCGACAGACCAAUACCACCGCUAAGUCAACGCAAUAUGGAAGACAAUAGCUCAUAUGGAGACAUUAUGCCGACUUAUAACUCAGCUUUCAUGUGAUGGUUAUGUUAUAGUAAAGGACUUAAGACGAAUGCCAGAAUUACCUGUGAUAUACAAUGUUAUGAAUUUGUUUUGCUAAAUGCACCAACGCAAAGUCUCAUUUAUCUAAGACAAUUUUUGUUUUCUCUUGAAUGUGCGCUACUUUUUAUCAUGCAAGAGGGAAAAAAGUUAAUUUUUCUAUUUGUCAGUUAGUCCAUUGACUUGGAACAUGAACAGACUGAAUAAAAGGACCAUUGAAUGUCAUUAAUAAAUGUCUUUUUUAUUGCUGCAUGUUCAUACAUAAUUGAUAGAAAUAAAACAUUAUGCAAAUUUCUAGCUGUUAA